UGUUGAUAAGGAUAUUAUUUAAUUGAUGUAAACUAAUCACCCAUACAUUUAUGUAAAAAUAUAUCUACAUUUGUAUGCCAAUGGACGCGCGCACACCGCUCCGCGUAUGGCUAUAUUGGAUACUCUAGAAAUUGUCAUUUGAGCGAUCGGUUCUUCACUCGAGCGCAACCGACAAAGGGCGAGAAUGUGUCUGGUUGGUAUGUCUAUCUUCAUGAUCUGAAGUGUCUUUAUACACCUUUAAAACUUUCGUUUUAAUUAACAUUCGUCGCAGUCUCAUUUCGAUUAGCCUAUCCUGUUUGCUUUUCACAUCAGCUAUAAAUCAAUUUACACAUGAUGAGAUUGGAGAUCGGCACAUAACUGUGAAUGCAACAUUAGCAGUCGGUACGAGCUUCAUCUUCACUUACACCCAGACAAGCGCUUGGACAGGGCUAUGGGUACUCUGAGGGACUUGCAGUUUGCACUGCAGCUGAAGAUCGAGGAGCUCCGUCAGAGAGACAGUCUGAUAGAUGAGCUGGAGUUGGAGCUGGACACCAAGGAUGAUCUCAUCCGACAGCUGCAGACAGAACUGGACCGCCAUCGCAACGCUCCACAACACACAGGGAGCACAGAGAACACAGGACCCGGGCUGUCCCCACCAGUGCCUGAUGAGCCGCAGAGGACUAAGAGACAGGCAAUAUCAGCAGAACCCACAGCCCUGGACCCUGCCCAACUCACACACGUCACACUCACCAACUACAGCAAGAGUGAAGAGUCUAGAGAGCUGAUCCAUAGAGCUCUGUUGGAGAAUGAAUUCAUGAAACACCUGGAGCAGGGACAGAUUCAGACCAUAGUUGACUGUAUGCAUCCCACUCGUCUGGCCCGGGGCUGCUGUGUCAUACAGGAGGGAGACGACGGAUCUCUGGUCUAUGUACUGGAGGAGGGAAAGGUGGAGGUGACUAAAGGGGAACAGAAGCUGUGCACCAUCGAUCCCGGGAAGGUCUUUGGAGAACUGGCCAUCCUCUACAACUGUACCAGGACUGCUACUGUUACAGCUCUGACUGACAUUAAGCUGUGGGCGAUAGACAGACAGGGUUUCCAGACCAUCAUGAUGAGGACUGGACUCAUUAAACACUCCCAGUAUAUGGAGUUCCUCCGCAGGGGUUCGUUUGAGGACGGCACCACACGGUUCUAUACAGGGUGUGUUGUAGAGGCUCUGGCCUUCCUCCAUGUUAGAGGCAUCAUCUACAGAGACCUCAAACCUGAGAACAUCAUACUGGACCACCGAGGAUACGCCAAACUGGUGGACUUUGGCUUUGCUAAGAAGGUGGGUCUGGGUCAGAAGACGUGGACGUUCUGUGGGACUCCAGAAUACGUGGCCCCAGAGAUCAUCCUGAACAAGGGACACGACAUCUCUGCUGACUGCUGGUCCCUGGGGAUACUCAUCUAUGAACUGCUCAGCGGCAGUCCUCCGUUCUCUGGUUCUGACCCUAUGAACACCUAUAACAUCAUCCUGAGAGGAAUCGACAUGGUGGAGUUCCCCAAGAAGAUCUCCAAGAGUGCUGCCAACCUCAUCAAACGCCUCUGCAGGGACAACCCAUCUGAGAGGGUGGGGAACCAGAAGAAUGGGGUGAAGGACAUCCAGAAACACAAGUGGUUUGAAGGUUUCAAUUGGGAGGGACUCCGACAGACAACUCUGGCCSCUCCUUUCACUCCUACUGUGGAGGGUCCACUGGACACCAGAAACUUUGACUGCUUCCCCGAUGACAGCGAGGCCCCGCCCCCAGACGAGGAGUCCGGCUGGGACCUGGAGUUCUGAUUGGACAACAUACAUUAUGUAGAACAGACAUGCCUUUCUGACAUAUAGAUUAAGGCAUCAGGUGAUGGUAUUUCUGAUGAUGGUAGUUCUGUCUGCGCCCUCCCGAAUGCGAGCCUGGUUGUGCUAGGUUUAACUGGUGGGUUUACCAGGUAAGCUAGGUAUAUCAGGUUGUGGCUCUGCCAAAGUGAGCUGGGGGAAUCAUAGUACCCCCAGGUAGCAGCGGCCAAUCAGCUGCUGUUGUCACCUGCUCCUCCCCAUGACAGUUUUCUACAAUACAGUAAGACUUUUUAGGAGAUUUGUUUGUGUUCAUCUGUUUUGACUGGGGUGAUUGUUAGUUCCGCAGUAUUUGGUCAUAAAAUAUAUAACCAAAAUAAAAACAUCUAUCAAAAAACGUUCAACUCUGUAUCAAAUGUCUGAAUAAGCCAACAGAGCGGUGUCAUGCAGAAGCACCAAGAGGGAGAGAGAUGUGACUGUGCAUGCAAAAGGAAGAAUAAGGGGGAAGAGUGUGAGAAUGAAUGAGGGGAAAGUUAAUGAAAGUUAGAACAGAACAAUUUCCUUUCUCAGAUGUCACAGCUCUGAGACCCUUAACAACUAUUUGAAC